GGAAGUGAAGUCAAAUCUUCCAGCAAAUUUUGUUUACUACUGUUUCCGUUUGUUUAUUUGAUUGUUUGUUUAUUCUUUAGGCGGAUCGAAAAAAUAACUUUUAUGGCCAACUGACGAUGGGUUACGAGGUGAUCCGAUUUGAGGGCCCGGUCGACGAGGAGCUCAUCUGUACGAUCUGUAGCGGGGUGCUCGAAGAUCCCCUUCAGGCACCACAGUGUGAACAUGCGUUCUGUUCCUCCUGCAUACAAGAAUGGUUGACACGGCAACCAACGUGCCCCGUCGACCGUAGUCCCAUAACUCCCAAUCAGCUAAAACAGGUUCCGCGGAUCUUACGCAACCUGCUGUCGCGACUGUCCAUCGCGUGUGAUAACGUCAGCUACGGCUGUACGGCCGUCAUCAAGCUAGACUCAUUGCACUCGCACCUCCAGGAGUGCGAUCACAACCCAAAGAAACCAAUGCACUGUGAGAAGGGAUGUGGUUUGGUCGUGCCGAAGGACGAGUUAAAGGACCACAACUGUACGAAGGAGUUACGUGUGGUUGUCGCUCAGAUGCAGAUGAAAAUGUCGGAGAUGAUAUCACAAAUGGAAGAACAGAAAUUAGCGCUUAACGAACAAAAAAGAGAAAUCUGUUUAUUAAAAGAAUAUAUGAGGUCCAUGAGAGUGUCUAAUCCGAGGAUGAGAGAAAUACAGGCAACGAUAGAAAACGAGGAUGUCAUCAGAUGGGUUUCUGUUCUCCAUCCAGCAAGGGUAACCCGUUGGGGUGGAAUGAUCUCCACCCCUGAUGCAGUCCUGCAGGCUGUAAUCAAGCGAGCCCUGAUUGACAGCGGCUGUCCCACGCACAUCGUCAACGAGCUGAUGGAAAACGCCCACGAGCGAAGGUGGCCCAUCGGACUCAGUACACUAGAAACGCGACAGCUUAACCGACGGCAGUACGAAAACUACGUAACAAAGAGGAUACCAAACAAGCAAGCGGUUGUGGUGAUGGCGUGUGAAAAUCAACAUAUGCCUGAAGAUCUCAUUAUGGACCCAGGACUGGUGAUGAUAUUUGCUCAUGGAGUAGAAUAACAGAUAAACAAACUAUGUGCUGUGCUGUAUUAAGGGUGUCAUUUUGAAGCGAGUCUCCUGAAUAAUUUGUUGUGCAAUGUUGUGUCUGAUAUCUGGCUGGUCUCUUAACAUAUCGGACCCAAGCAUUGAACAGUGGUACCUGUUCUUGUGUCAAAAACGAACAUGAGCUUAUGUGGGGUUUUUUUUGUUUGGAUGUCUGCAGUAGGCUGAAGUGAAAUAUGAGUGUCAAAGAAGAAAAUACGGACACAUGAGGUUGUGUAUUUUUUUAACAGUGUAUAUAGCUGUGUUAAGUUAUCAGUGUCGAAUAUUUAAAAUGUUACAGGUUCGUGUCUUACACAGUACAGAACAAUACAUACAGAUUUUUUAAUUUUAAUUUUUUUUUUUUAAUAUGCACCAUUGCUGUAUCUAGAGUAGAGUGUGUCAAUGUAAAGCUAUUAAAGGGACAUUCCUGAGUUUGCUGCAGUUUCUAAACUGUUAUCGACUAACAGAAACCUUUUAACGAUUGUAAUUACAUAUCAAAUAUAUUUUUCUGCAUAAAAUAUUAGUGGCA